AUGAAGCAACAGAUGGGAGACCUACCAGCUGCACGCGUCAGGAUUAGCAGACCUUUCGCCAAAACCGGAGUGGACUAUUUCGGGCCGGUGUAUCUACGUGACGGUAGGAAACGAUCAACAGUAAAGGGAUACGGUGCGGUUUUUGUGUGCAUGUGUACUAAGGCAGUACACUUAGAGCUGGUUACUGACCUUUCAACCGAAAGAUUUCUGCAGGCAUUACGACGAUUUAUUGCUAGGCGUGGGAGAAGUACCGAUAUAUAUUCGGACAACGGCACAAAUUUUGUUGGCGCACGGAACCACAUCAAGGAGCUGUUUAAGAUGUUCAACGAUAGAGAAUACCGCGAAUCGGUUACCAAAGAAUGUGCUAAGGAAGGCAUGCAAUGGCACUUUAAUCCGCCAAGCGCUCCACAUUUUGGAGGCCUUUGGGAGGCCGCAGUACGCUCAGCUAAACAUCACUUACUUCGUGUAAUAGGGGACAGUACGCUCACGUUCGAGGAUUUCAAUACCCUGUUGGUCCAGGUAGAGGCUUGCCUGAACUCACGGCCAUUAACGCAACUGUCUGACGAUCCGAUGGAUCUACGGCCACUAACACCUGGUCAUUUUCUAACCGGGGGAUCCUUGCAAUCUCUCCCGGAACCAGAUUUCUCAAAUAUAAAGGUAAACAGGCUAAAACGCUGGCAGUUAGUACAACGACAACUGCAAGAUUUUUGGAAGCGUUGGCGGACAGAAUAUUUGGCGCAACUGCAGGGCAGAACUAAAAACUGGGAGCCUCCAACGAAGGUUGAUGUCGGAAAGCUGGUGAUCAUCGCGGAUAGCAACCAGCCACCAACGCGCUGGAAGAUGGGCCGAAUUCAUAAGCUACACCCUGGUCCUGAUGACAUAGUACGAGUAGUCACCAUCAAAACAGCCACUGGGUAUCUGCAACGGCCGAUCGUAAAAAUAUGCAUCCUACCAUCCACCGAAUCCGAAUAA